AAUUGUGUACCGCAUGUAGAAGAAAGAAACUAUCUAACAGAACAGUUGUUUUCUUUCUAUGAUGGAUAAAAAGUGGCGAUGGGGUUUGCUCGGACUAGUCGUUGUGGCUGUAUUAUUGACAAUUUUCUUAGUGAUAUUUCUUACGUCAUCGACAUCACCAGAAGAAAUAAUAAUAGUAGACGCGCCAGUGGGAUCAAUCUCGGGGAUUAGGGCCAUGGAUGGAGACUACAAUAUGUUUUUGGGCAUCCCAUAUGCUCAAGUAAACUUGAGCAAUCCUUUCGGGGCGUCUACUCCUUACUCAAAAUUUGACACCGUCUUCGUCGCCGACGAUAAUUCGAAGAUUUGUGCGCAGCCAAAUUACGACUAUGGAGUGUUAGAUUGCCUACACCUCAGCAUCUCAGUGCCAGACACAGCAAGAAACAGCCUACUUCCUGUGAUGGUUUGGAUCCACGGCGGAGCAUUCGUAUCAGGGACAAGCAAUACCUAUGGGGCCAAAUUUUUAGUUAAACAGGACGUAAUAGUUGUUACUAUCAACUACCGUUUAGGACCGUAUGGGUUCAUGUGUCUAGACAUCCCCGAGGUGCCCGGCAAUCAAGGACUAAAAGACCAAGUCUUAGCUCUGAGAUGGAUCAAGGAUAACAUCGAAGCAUUUGGGGGAGAUGUCAACAAGGUCACUCUAUUUGGCUUGAGUGCUGGAGCACAUUCAAUUGAUUUCCACAUUCUCUCUGAUACUGAGAUACUUUACAAUAACGCCAUUCUCCAAAGCGGUAGUUCUUUGGCUUCUACUGUAUUUACCAAUCACCCCAAAAGAGCUCCAAUAGAUAUUGCAGCACAGCUUGGGUUUGUUACUGAUUCUAUGCUUGAAGCAAUAUCUUAUUUGUCAACUGUGGAUCCAAAUCAAGUUAUAUACAUAUCUAAUGCACUGAAUUUUCUUUAUAAGCCAUGUACAGAAAUGUACUUUGAAAAUGUUGAACCAUUUUUGACAAGACCUUGGGUUACCGCAGAUACACCUAAAGUAGAAGGAAUCCCUAUUCUUGUAGGAUUCAAUGAUCAAGAAAUGCUUUUGCGGUAUGCUAAUAAUUUUAAUUUUGACAACUACAAUGCUAUUAAUGAUAGGCUUUCAGAGACAUUUAAUUUUGAUGACGUGAAAAUGGCUGAAAUGGAAGCAAAUAUACGGAACUUUUAUUUUGGAGAUAAAGACAUAACUGUUGACCUACUUUGGGAAGCGAUAGAAUUCGAUUCAGAUUACACGUAUGUUUAUCCCAUUCAUAGAACCAUAAAUAAAUACUUAGCAAGCAAAUCUCAGAGUAUAUUUUUAUAUGUUUUCGCUUAUUAUGGCGAAAGGAAUUUGCAAAAAAUUACUAAUAAUGUCACUAUAGGAACGGCUGCUCAUGGUGAUGAGUGGCCGUAUUUAUUCGACUCCAAAGAUUUAAAUGAAGGACCAACAGUAGAAGAUCAAUUGAUAAUAGACCGAAUGACAACUAUGUGGACUAAUUUUGCAAAAUACAGUGACCCAACUCCAGAGACAUCAAGCUUGCUGCCCAUCAGGUGGCCUUCGAUCACCGUGGACUCGUACAACUACAUGACGAUCGACUCCGAAAUGACGGUCGGAAGGCGACCCAACCACGGCAGGAUGACUUUCUGGGACCUAUUUUAUAAGUUCAACGCGGAACAUGAAAAAGGAUAUUAUGAGAACUGAUCUUUAUCCUCAUCAUCUCAGCCAUAGGACGUCCACUGCUGAACAUAGGCAUCCCCCAAUGCUCGCUACCCGGUUGGUAACGGCAUGCGUCCAGCGCUUUCCUGCUACCUUUACGAUGUCGUCGGUCCACGUUAUGAGAACUAGUGAAUUAAAAUUAUUAGGAGUGUUAUGUAUCUUUUCUGGGCUUAAAUCUCUGUAACAAUAAAAUUGAUGUCUAGGCUUA